UUGGAAAGUCCCCUUGUGGGGUGCUCCUCUACUGGCCUGGCUUCCUAUAAAGGGCCCGCCUGAGCUGCAGAGCAUCCCUGCAGAGCAUCCUGAGACAGCACGUGCCUCUCCUACAGUUUGUGGCUCCAGGUACCAUGAAGACCUCCGCAGCUGUCCUUGCUGUUAUUCUCACUGCUGCCGCCCUGUGUGUGCCUGCAUCUGCCACCCCAUAUGCCUCAGACACAACUCCCUGCUGCUUUGCCUACAUUUCUCGCCCACUGCCCCGCACCCACAUCAAGGAGUAUUUCUACACCAGCAGCAAGUGCUCCAACCUGGCAGUUGUCUUUGUCACUCGAAAGAACCGCCAGGUGUGUGCCAAUCCAGAGAAGAAAUGGGUUCGUGAAUACAUCAACUCUUUGGAGAUGAGUUAGGAUAGAAGGUGCAUUGAACCUGGCCUAUAUAAACUCAUCUGCUGCUACCUGCACUUGUCCUAACCAGCUUAGGAAGUUUCUCCUCAACCCCUAUUCCCACCUAUCCAUGGGAGAGCACAGAUUCUACCACACUGCAGCAAUUACAACAGCCUCCAUAUCCAAAGCCUGGAAGAACUACUGAGGCCCAGGCCCUGCCUGGCACCAGGCAGUCUCUAGGCGCUGAGCUUCAAGUUCCUCAGAUUGGUCAUGGCUCUGUGACCAGGAAGGAAGUCAGUGUGCCUCUUGAGGCAAAAAAGGAAGGCUAGGCUUCCAUCUCAGGCCCUCACAAAGGCUGACUGGCAAUCAUAAUCAGCUUUUUAUUAAAAUUCUCUGUACAGUGACAAAGCUGGCUCCUGGUUUGAUUUCCUCCUUGGGAAUCCUCCUUCCCCACAAGCAUUACACAUGUGAGGGUCCA